AUGCUCUUUAGAGGACCCAUUAGGAAAUCGUUGCGAGCGCCCAGUUUGCGCAAUUGGGCGCCUCUUUUGCACUCCCGGCUAAUUUCGCAACAGGAUAUCAGCAAAAACCCGUCAUUGAACCAAUUCCAGGACCCAAAUAGGCCGCCUCCCCAGUCUGCGUAUCGACCACCGUUCACUCCGUCCCCCGUUCCCCAGACGCCCAACGAGCCUCGUGAACGAUCUCCACUCACUUCUGUGAUAACCAUCGGUUUACUUUCAUGGCUUGUGUAUCGUGGGUUCCUGUUGUACGAGGAAUACGAGGACACAACAUACAGUGCUGGGUUCGAGGCCGUUCUAACCGAAGCCCUAACCGCAGAAAACGAGGGAAACUUCGCUAAGGCACUCAAACUAUACAGCAAGUGUCUUUCAGUGGCCGACAAGGAGGGCACUUCUCAGCUAGAUCAACACUACACGGGAGCAGUUUUGAAAGUUGCGGAAAUGUAUGAAAAAUUGGAUGAUUUCGACCAUGCCCUGGCAAUUUACAAAGACCUCAGCGAGUUCUUGCUGUCCCAGAUCGGCAACCCGGAAGUCAAGCUAUCACAGAAAAAGCGCGACAUGUUGAUCCAACAGUCACUGGUCGUUUCCAUGAGAUAUUGCAAUUUGCUCAAACCGUCUGAACGUCAGGAAAUCAAACAACUGCUUCUGGACAACAUUCUCAUUGCCGAAAGACGGAUCAUAGAACAUUAUCCACCGUUCCUUGUUCUGUUGUACGACCAACUGAACAGAAGCGUUGUGGAUUUCAUCACUGCAGGCGACGACAAGUUCGCAAAACUGCCUCCACAAGUUAGAAAUCUUGUCAAGGACGGCAUGGUUGUGCAACUUGCUCCUCAGCCUGGUCCGGAGAUGAGCAAAAUUCCCAAAGAACUCAAACUCUUGAUAACGGCUGGUGACGCAUGGCUUCCGUUUGUUAAGGAACUCGUUUCUUUGAGAGAUUUAUGUGCAGACAUUUGCAUUUCCGAAGGAAGCUUGCAAGAGGCUGCCUUUUAUCUGCGCACAAACUUGCUUCUCAUGCAGAGUUCCAUCGACGAGCCGGGGAAGUUGUCGCUCACUUUGACGAAAAUGGGCGUUGUUUUCUACUUGCUCAGUGAACAGUACGCCAAACAGGCAAAAAUGCUUGGAGACACUGAUGAAAAGGUGAUUUUCCAAGAGCUAAGUCGACUUGGCUUUAAAACCAAGAACGGCUCCUCUCCAGACGAAUUUGGCAACGCAUUCAUCAGAAUGCGCGACUCUGCCUACACGGAAUCGGAGGCCUCGUUCGAACAGGUGCUCGAGCUGACAAGCAUGAUCAGAUCGGCCUCGUUUGGAACAGAAACAGACUUGCCAGAAUUCGUCACCGUGGGCAUGCAUCUGGCAGAGAUGAUCUCCUCGUGCGGCCUGGCCAUGCACAUGCUCAGAAAAAAGGACUACGAGGAGAGCAAGAAAUUCUUUCUUCGUGCGCGGGUUCUUGCCCUCAAGUACGACGUGGACGACUACCUCGCCGACAUUGAUCACCAACUGGCCCAACUCAAUAAACUCAGCACGUAA